GGAGAGGCGUUGACAGAGAGGACUGUUGUGGUAGAAAUUAGCCUUUUGCUCCGGACAGCAGCCGGACACAUCUCUUCUGUCAGGCCGAACAUCAGACACACUGACGGGCCGCAGCUGGAGGACCGGCUCGUUUAACCCGACGGCAGCGCAGUGUGUGGGUGCAGCUGGCUCCAGUCAGACAGUAUGAGCUCCAAAGGAGGAGGCACCGCUCUGACCCGCCGUAACUACCGACUGUCUUCGGACACAGACAAACCCAGAGCUACAGGUAUAGUGAACGAGAAGCUGCUGAGCGACUACCUGCAUCAUGUGUUUCCCUCCGCCAAGCAGGGACCUGCAGUGGCCUCCCUCAGGAAGCCUCUGGGUUUCCAGGAUCUUGGUGCUCACCUGGAGAGACUGCUGUCUGAGGGCGAACCUACUGAGGACAGAGAUCAGCCUGCUGAAGGUCGUCUGGGUCCUCAGCCAGUCGUCCUGGAUCACACCAGCGGCUUUGAAGGACUUCUAUUUGUAGAUGAUGACCUGUUAGGGGUCAUCGGCCACAGCAACUUCAGCUCCAUCAGAGCCACCACAUGUGUUUAUAAAGGGAAAUGGGCAUAUGAGGUGCUGAUCUCCUCCCAGGGGCUGAUGCAGAUCGGGUGGUGUACUCUCAAUUGUCGCUUCAACCAGGAGGAGGGUGUGGGCGACACACCCGAUUCAUACGCCUACGAUGGAAACAGAGUGAGAAAGUGGAACGUGACUACCACUAACUACGGAAAGUCGUGGGCUGCAGGAGACAUCGUCAGCUGUCUGAUAGACCUGGAUGAGGGAACCAUCACAUUCUGCCUGAACGGCCAGUGUCUGGGCACAGCGUUCACCAGCAUUAAGAUGGGUCCAGGUGUCGCGUACUUUCCUGCCAUCAGCCUCUCCUUUAAAGAGUCGGUGGCUUUCAACUUUGGCAGCAGACCUCUCAGAUACCCUGUGGAAGGCUACCUGCCCCUGCAGAACCCCCCAGCUGCAGACCUGAUGAAGGCUCACAAACUGCUGGGCUACAUCAAGAACGUCCUCUCCACCGCCAUCGAUACUCAGGAGGAGAGGCUGGUGGAGAAGGACUGUGCAGUUUGGAGGCUUCAUGGAGAACCCACAGUCCUCAUCACGCUGGCUCACAUCUUCAACCACUUUGCUCCACUCAUGUGUAAGGUGUACCUGGUGGAGGACGUGCUGAUGAACUUCCUGUUGGGGAUUCUGGAGGGAGGGGGUUCAGUUGACGAACAUCCGCUCAUACAGCAUCUUCUGGAUCUCUUCUGGCUGCUAAUGGAGGACUACGAAGUGAACGAGUGCCUGAAGCAGCUAAUGAUGUCCUUGCUGAGGGCCUAUCGCUUCUCCCCCAUCAUACCUGACCUCGGCUUCCAGAUCCACUAUCUGCGUCUGACCACGGCGAUUCUGCAUCAUGAGAAGUCCAGAAAAUACCUGCUCAACAAUGUCUUGUUUGAUGUUCUGCGCUCGGUCGUGUUCUUUUACAUCAAGACUCCUCUGAGAGUGAAGGAGGCCGGGCUCGAGGAGCUCAUCCCCACCACCUGGUGGCCCACGCACUUUGACAAGGAGGGUAAAGAUGAGCGGGAGCCCAAAGAUGAAAGUGCAGAUGAACGUCUGAGGCGUCGAGCGUAUGAGAGAGGCUGUCAGAGACUCAAAAAGAGGAUCGAAGUGGUGGAAGAGUUGCAGGUUCAGAUCCUGAGGUUGCUGCUCAAUAACAAAGACAAAACAACGGGAGAAGCGUCUCGCUACAUUUUCCUCAACAAGUUCAGGAAGUUUCUUCAAGAAAAUGCCAGCAACAGAGGGCACCCGACAGCUCUGUGUCCUCCGGAGUACAUGGUGUGUUUCCUCCACCGCCUCAUCACGGCUGUGAGAGCCUGCUGGGACGAAGGCAACAGGAAGAGUCCGGGCAGCGUCGGCAGUGAAGAGGCCUAUGUCCCUCCCCAGCUCUUCUACAAUGGGAAGGUGGACUACUUUGACCUUCAGAGACUGGGGGGGCUCCUCUCCCACUUAAAGAAAACACUCAAAGAUGACUUGGCCAGUAAAGCCAACAUUAUCAUCGACCCUGCAGAGAUCCAGGCCACGUCUAUGGAUGACCUGGACGAGGAUGAGGAGAGUGGAGCAGCACAGAGGCCGUUUGGUGCGGCAGCGAUGGGUGGAGCUCUGGCGAGGCCCAGCUGGUUGAGUUCUCCCACCUUGGGUCGGGCCAACCGGUUCCUGAGCACGGCCGCCGUCAGUCUGAUGACUCCCAGACGACCCCUCGCUCAGCCGGAGAAGGUGAAGGUUCGCACCCUCACCGUGGAGCAGAGGACCGAGGAGGACAUCGAGGGAAGCCAUGGUAACAACGGCCUGUUGCUGGGGCGACCGCUGGAGGAGCCCGAUCAGCCAAUCGCAGAUAAGUCCCUGCUGGAGAUAGUUGAUGGGAUCGUGAUGAUGUACAACCUGAGUGUUCAUCAGCAGCUGGGAAAGAUGGUGGUGGUUUCUGACGACGUCCAUGAGUACGCCGUGGCACUGAAGGACACGGAGGAGAAGAUCGCUCGAUGCCCUGCACGCAGACCAGACAUCCUGGAGGAGCUCCAGAAAAGCCAGAAGGUUUUUGCAGAGAAGCUGAACCACCUCAGCAGAAGACUGGCCUGGAUCAACGCCACCAUCUACUCCAAGGAGAAGAUGCUGGACGUGUACUGGCUUCUGUGUGUUUGUAUUCGCACCAUUGAACACGCCGACAACACCGGCUCCUUGUUCGCCUUUGCUCCGGAGUUCUACCUCAACGUAGCCAUGAACGCAUACAGCGCCCUCAAGAACUACUUCAGCCCCGCCAACAGCAUGGAGGAACUACCAGGAUACGAAGAAACAUUGACUCAGCUAGCUGCUAUCCUCGCCAAGCACUUCGCAGAUCCACGCAUAGUUGGAACAGAUAUCAAAGACUCUCUGAUGCAGGCCCUGGCCAGCUAUGUCUGCUACCCACAGUCCCUCAGGGCAGUGGAGAGGAUCCCUGAGGAACAACGCGUGGCCAUGAUGAGGAAUCUGUUGGCUCCAUAUGAACAGAGACCCUGGGCUCAGACCAAUUGGAUACUGGUCAGACUGUGGAGGGGUUGUGGUUUCGGCUACAGAUACACUCGCCUGCCUCACCUCCUGAAAACCAAACCUGAGGACGCCAACCUGCCCAGUCUACAGAAGCCAUGUCCAUCGUUGCUGCUGCAGAGACACAUGGCGGAGCUGCUGAGUAUGGACAAAGACAUGGCCGCCUCCUUCCUCAACAGUGUCCUGAACCAGCUCAACUGGGCCUUCUCCGAGUUCAUCGGCAUGAUCCAGGAGAUCCAGCAGGCUGCGGAGCGUCCAGAGAGAAACUUUGUGGACACUCGUCAGCUGAAGGUGUGUGCGACCUGCUUCGACCUGUCGGUCAGCCUGCUGCGUGUGCUGGAGAUGACCGUCACUCUGGUGCCCGAGAUCUUCCUGGACUGGUCCCGUCCCUCUGCGGAGCUGCUCCUCAGACGACUGGCUCAGCUGUUGAACCAGGUGUUAAACAGAGUAACGGCAGAGAAGAACCUGUUUGAUCGAGUUGUCAACUUAAGACUGCCAGGUCUGGAAAGUGUGGACCACUACCCCAUCCUGGUUGCUGUUACAGGGAUUCUGGUUCGAAUCUUGGUGGAUGGCGACAGACAGGGGACAUCGCGAGCGGCAUCCGUCCUGCUCUCUGACCCCUGUUUCCAGCUCCACUCCAUCCAGCACCUGUUAGGAGAGGGGGGAGAGUCCUCCGGCUCCUCGGCAGCUGUCACCUCCAGUGCCCGUCCUGUAAUCGGGUCUUUGGGGUCAUCUGUGGCCCCUCCCAUCCCUGCGGCCACCGGAAACGCAGGCUCCUCGGAACGCAAACACUUCUCCCUGCACGCAUACACAGACUACAUCAGCGAGGAGGAAAAACAGAAGGUGGAGCUGAUGUUGGCGUUUCUCACAGAAGAGUCCAAACAGGCUGCAGCCAGCACAGCUCCAACGAGUGAAGAAGACCUCUGCCCCAUCUGCUACGCUCACUCCAUCUCUGCCAUCUUCAAGCCCUGCUCCCACAAGUCCUGCAAAGCCUGUAUCAACCAGCAUCUGAUGAACAACAAGGACUGUUUCUUCUGCAAAGCCACAAUCACCGGGGUCGAAGACUACAGCAAGCCCGCCAACUCCUAACACGCACACCUGACCUGACACACACACGCGCACACACACACACACACACACACACACACACACACACACACACACACACACACACACACACACACACACACACGUGACAUAUACGUAAGCUGUAAAGAUGUGAAGCCCUUCAUACUCAAACUUCAGACCACAUAUCAGUGAACCCAAAGAUUUCUCACAGAGGUCUGUACUGUACUGUAUGUAUGUACAAGUAUGUGCAGCCAUUUUUGGAAAUGUACAGAUUCACUCUCAACAAGUCACUGUAAUCCACAGAACUUCCUCUUUCUAACUUAAGAAAGGACGAACUGAAUGAUACAUUGGCCGAGAUUGAACUGGUGUAAUUUGAGUUGACAGAAAGUGGACAGAACUGCUCACAUCCUGGUUCCUAAGCAUGAAUCAACGAGUAUGUGCGGCUGUGAAUGUGUGUUACACUAUAGUCACGUAUAGCGUGUAGCAAAUGUAAGUGUGGGCUGCAGUCAGGUGACACAUUACUGAGUUUGGAAAGUAUAAGAGGGAGGGUCCCGAGCUGAAACAAUGAAUGAACACAAGCCCUUUUCAGACAUGGCAUUCUUCCUGCCUCGUCUGUCUGCUACCGUGAAGGCCCUUUUUCAUUCGGACAUUGGAGGCUUUUACGUAAAUAUUCCGAAAACGUAUAUAAAACUGUCGAUCACAACUAAAAGCCACACACAUGUGCGUCGUGUCUCCGAGACAAGAGGUUAGAAUACGUCCUCUGAGCAGAGCUACUGCUUCAUCCUCUCUUGGUGGACUGAGGACAGACUGAUGCUAACUUCAGUAGGAGGAAAGAAGUGGUAGAAAUGGAAGCAAAACGAGUCAACACUGGCGCUGGUUUCCACCGCGGGAGGCAGCUCUGGGAGAGUAAAGGAAAGAAGCUUGGUGCUGAACUCGCAACGUUUCUUCCAGACUGGUGAGUAAACAGCUGCUAACGCUGACGUUGGCUGCGUAGCCAUAGCCAACAUUUACGUAUAGCAUCUUUAAUUGACUGUCAUCGCAUUUACAAAAAGACGUGUACGUAUGUCUGAAAGGGGCUUUAGUUAGAAGUAAUGGACCUGCUGGAACCACACACUGGAAACAUUUUCCCUUUAGUCGCUUUUUAUAAAUCUGUAGAUACAGUAUGUUAUCCCGCAUGUCACCCAUGUAGACACGGAGCAAACAUUAAACUCCACAUAGAACGUACUGUAGACCUCAGUUUGCCAGGUUGGGUUUGAAUCUAGGACCUUUUUGCUGUGAGCUGACAAUGUUGUACAUCUGAAAUUUACACUUUCCCCCCCGUGCACUAAGUUUACUUUAUAGUUUUAGAUUCCAGUCUGAGUUUGCAACAUGUGCUGUAGCACUGAUACAGUCCCAUCAGGGCAAACACACACACACACACACACUUCGGCUAUUAAUAGAGGUUAUCCUGCAGUGUUGUUAGGCACUGAAAGUGCAGGACACACACACACAGGUAUAACCCACAAACAUCAUGAUGAAGAGAGAUGACAGGGCACUGGGGACUCCGUGUUCUCUGUACAACAGCAGACACACACACACACACGCACACACACACACACACACACACACACACACACACACACACACACACACACGCACACACACGGCCACAUAACUCCCCAAUAAAAAGAGAGAACGCGAUGGGAGGACAGCAGCGUCCUUGAGCAUGAGAACUAGCUGUCAUAUUAGCACAACAAUUCAACUCUACCUGUCAGUGCAGGUACGCCGCACACACACACACACACACACAAGUCCUCACAGAGGAACAGGAUGGUAGGCGUGCACCUUUAUCUCUGUGGAGAAACACUAAGACAGGCAGGGAACAAUGGAAAACUCAUACCUCACCCUACCUAUGGAUGGAUUACAGGACGGGGUCAGUGGGGACAGUUAUUUUGUGUCUCUUUGUGGUUUUCUUUCUGACGUCAAAGGGCCUCUGGGCCGGAGCUUCGGUUUGAAGCGACUGCUCGCCACUCUCUGUGGACACGACGACCACAAGAGACACAAAACGACCAUAAAGACUCAAAAAGACCACAAAACAUGCAAACAACUACAAACGUAGACGCCGUGUUGUCUCUUUGAGUCUGAGCGUCUCGCUCCUUUGUAGGAGGGGUCCGGGGGCCUUCUUCUCAUAAUCCAUCCAUGACCCUACCUACAGGUAUGCAUAUACUUUGGCACCAACGUACUGUAAACAAAUACACACUAUUUCUACCAUUACUGGUGCAGGGAGUAGGUCUACAGCCAUGGUAACUGUACCUUAGAAAACAGACUUUAAAUACUUUUAAUACUUGGGUGUUCUUCUAAAGGACAAAUGCAGUCUUAACGCACAGGAAUUCACACACAUGCAUACACACGGCGUCACACACCCCUCCACUCACAGAAAGGUCACUCCAUCUGUCGAUUAGAUUUCUAGAAAAAAAAGUGUGAUUUACAUGUGAUGGACUCGGUUUCCCCUUAGAGGAAUAGUUUGAUGUUUUUGGGAAACAGAGAAGAAGAAGGAGAAGAAGAGGAUUCUCCAAAAUGUCGAACUAUUCCUUUAAGUAAAUGAAUCUUUGACCUGAGCGUUUCAAAGGACAGGGACUCUACUGUUCCUCUAACCACCGUGUCCAGAUAAACCUCAUUCCAACCUCUGGUGCUGGAGUUUGUUACAACAAAAUAACGUGUACUGUUGUGUAAAUGUGGCUCAGCUUCACUUAUCCAGACCUCAAACUAAAACUGGUUAUUUCAACGGGUAGCAACGUGGGCGAAGCUGCCUUUUGUCUAGUUAACCGUGUAUUGUUCCAUUACAUUGUCAUGAAUGACUUCAGUCAGAUACGGGAUUGGUGUGGAAUUAGGUGAUUUUCCACCAACUAAAGGGAUAAUUCACGCUAAAAGAAAUCAAGUGUAAUUAAUAUAGGAUCUUGGUGAAACCUGGCCCUUGUUUUGUCGUUGAAUUGAUUGUGAUCUCUAGGAAUGUGUUUCUUUAUUUCAGCUUUAUUUCAACAUUUACAGGUUUAACCCUGAAAUCAUUUAACCCCUGUGAAGGGUCGGUUUCCAAUAUUUGUGCGGCAGAUUUUCACAUCAUGACUUGGAUUCAUUUCUUUUCCUGUAGCUGUCCAGUUUGAAGGUUUCAAAUUGCUGUUGUUAUGUUGGUUUGACAACCGUAAGCAGGUCGAAGACCCAUCAAAUGUAGAAAAUGCAAAGGAAAGUGAAAAGGGAAAUCAGACAUUGAAAUAAUAAAUUGCCACCGUGAAACGGCAGUUUCAAACGGGAAGUCAAAUUUAAAAUCCUUCAAUGGAAAAUAGAAAAGUGUAAUUUAAAAUGAAAAUGAGAACCUACUGUAUAUAAGAAUAUUUGAACAAGAAAAUGACUUAUUGAAAUGAUUGUCACUUCAUUAUCCAGUUUAUUUUUUCAGCUUCAGCUUCUCCCUCUAACAUUUAAUUAUGGCCUGAUUAUCCUGAGAACUCAAAUGGGACUUUAUUUUCCUUUUUCAUUUUAUUUCUGGGUAUAAUUAGAGUGAAUGUAUUUGAAACGUCGAAUAUCUCCUUUUUUAACACAGCCAUAUGCAGCUUUGAAGUAUAUAUCAAUUUCAUUUUUUGGGAACAUUUCACAGGCUGUUUUAAUUAUUAUCUUUUGGAAACGAACCGCAAUUUCUUUCACGGUUCUGUACAAGCUGUUGUGUCCAGAAAAGUAAUAGUACGAAUAAUCUUUGGCUCUCUGAGGCGCAGCAGAGUGAGUUUCAUCUGACAUUACACUGACAAAUGAAUGAUACAGCAAAUACUCAAAAGCAACAGAGAAGAGUUAAUGAUGGUUUUGUUGGAAGGUCUGAAUCUAAAGGGCUGUUUGACUAAAUGUUGAUGGACGAUGGUCUGUUUUCAGUUUCACUGAUGUUUGUGUGCUUGUUUUUCUCACCCUGUGAACUGAUGGCGGUACUCGUACAGUGGUUAAAGCACGAAUCUGAGUGAACAGAGUGUCUAUGAAGCAGGUUUACAGAGAGCUUCAGUGGCGCCGCCGAAGGGGUUUCAAGGCUGCACUGAGCAAUAUUACAGCGACUGUUUUACUUGUUUCCAUUUACCAUUGACCUUGUUUUGGGGAUGGGGGGGGCAGAGGGUGGUGGGGAUGGACAUACUUACUGCUUUCCAUUUCUCCUUUGUGAGUGAGAGUGCACAUAUAUUGAUAGUGUAACUGCAUUAAAUUAUUUAUCCUAAGCCAACAGGUCUGCUUUGAGGUUUUCUCUUUCAGACUUUGAUCUAUUUCGUUUACUGUUUUUCUUGUUACGCUCUGUUGAAU